AUGCUCAGAUCUUUUGCCGCCACCCGCGCGUUCUCCUCCACCGCCCGCAAAAACCUCGCCAAGGUGCAAUUGGUGGGCCGCAUCGGAAGCAUCCAUCACAAGGAAACCAAGGACAACCGCCCCUUCAUCACGUACUCCUUGGCUGUGGACAGGUUUGCCCCCAACGAGGCACAGGAGGGCUCCUCGAACGUGACCGACUGGUACAACGUGACCGUCUUUGACGACAGGCAGGUGGCUUUCUUCGAGGCCCACAUGCAGAAGGGUGCGCAGAUUUAUGCCGAGGCCGACAUCAAACAGAAGACCGUUCAAGACGAGGCCGGCGAGAAGCUGGUGUACACGACCAUGACGCAGACCCGCUACGAGGUGCUCCGCUUCCCCAAGAAGAAGGAGCCCGAGACCGAAGAGUGA